AUGGCGGGGGAUAUUGUGGUGGGGAUACUCUAUAAUUUAGUACUACCUCUUCUUCUGCUUGCAGGAAAAACAGGGAAGUUCCUGCUGCUCAUCUGUUCUACCAGCGUGACGUUUCUGGCUCUCCAGUGUUUCAUGCAGAUCACUUUUGCCUACGUGCCUCAGUAUGAGAACGAAUAUUGGGAGAAUAUUCUCUACCAUCUGGGCAUUGUACGGUUCAGUUUGGUGGAUGCAGGGAACAUUGUGCGUCUCUUAGCCCCUGAUCUGGGGCUCUUCCUGUCAGAGCUCUUCAUACUGCGCUUGAUCAGGAAGCUGCUGCGCCCCAUGCCCCAACUUAACCAGAACUGUAUCGCACCCUCUGACCCUGAGUGCUCUUUUGACAAGCAGGAUGUGGAGAUGUCCGACUCAGAGUCUGAGGUUGGCAGUGAAGUCACAGACGGCUCGUCUUAUGACAGCUCAGAUGAAAGCAUAGCGGUGCCGGCAGACCUUCCUCAGUUUGUCCAGAAGUUCAUUGCAUUUUCCCUUGGACUGCGCCUCUUGCUGUCCGCCAUCAUGAACACAGCAGGGAAAGUAGUGGUCACCAUACUACUAGGGCUGGCAGGCAUUGCUCUGCCCUCCCUGACCUCAGUGGUGUAUUUCGGGACGUUCCUGGGCCUGGUGUGGUGGUGGGUUUUUCUCCACUCCGUCAGCUUGCUGCUCUUCGGUACCCUCUGUGUGAUGAUGGCUAUAUUCAGCGCCGGUCACCUGUUGAGCCUCUACCUGUACCAGCUGCCCCUGGCCCAACAGAUCAUACCCCCACAGGAUAUCUACGCCAGGCUGUUUGGUAUAACAGCGGUCAUCCAAACCAAUGAGACUGAGCCAUACAGUCUGGGUCUGCAGCCAGACAUCAGCUGGCCUGUCUUCACCAACCCCAUGGUGCUGCUGCUCCUUUAUUACACACUGGUGGCUCUGCUGCACAAGUGGGUCAACCUCACUGAGGAGGAGGAGGAAACUCUGGAGAAGUCUGAGAGUCCAGUAGAAGCUCUUGAGGAUCCCCCCAGCUUCUCCAAGAUCUUAUUCAUCUCAGGAGACAGAUUGGAGCUACUGACCAGUACGGAUGAUGAAGCGUACAUGCCAGAUGAGGAGGUACAUGAACUACAUACACCGGAAGAGUCAGAGGAGUUGAAAGAGAUGAGUGAGGAAGAGAAGAAGAGGAGUGAGGUGUCUAUGAGUGAUACAGAGACUGUUCCCACCCCUCCUGGCCCCAGUGGACUGGUUGUGUUCGGCUUGUUCAUCAUGAAGCACAGCUACGUCAGCGCACUCAUCAUCAUGAUGGUGUGGAGCAUCACCUAUAACAGCUGGCUGACGUUUGCCCUGCUGGUGUGGUCGUGUCUGAUCUGGAUAAUGCGUGACCGUCGGCGCUACGCCAUGAUGAGUGCACCCUUCCUGGCAGUGUACGGCACCGUGCUGCUACUGCUUGCCUUCCUGAGCAGUCUGAGGCUGCGGCGGGAUGAGCUUUACCCUGACCUAGCCCACGCCGUGCUGGUAGACUUUGACAUGGCCAGUUACCCAGCACCCUGCGUCCACCUGGGAGCCAAGGUGUUCUACGCCUUCAGCUUCUUGCUUCUGUUCCGUCAACAACUGAAGGAGAAACAGGAAGAGCAGGAUCUGAAGGAGUCAGAAGAGUCUCUGGAUGAAGUCAAAGUGCUACCACGUCUGGACUCUUCUCCUUUUAUGCAUACUUUAUGGAUUCAAACUGAUAAACUCACAUUCUCUAAUACAGUAACAAAUGCAUUAGAAAUGAAAAUGAUAUUGUACCCAGGUGUCUGUAACAUUCUUCACUUAACAGUUUCUAUGUUGUGUUCCUCCUCUCCCUUAGCGGAUGAAGGUGAUACCUCCCUCAUAAUGGAGAUGCUAGGUUCAGUGGUCAAGGGAACCCUGGUGAAGUACUGGAUCCUGUUCUGCUGCUCCAUGUUCUUUGUGGUCAGCUUCUCCGGGAAGGUGAUGGUCUACAAGAUCCUCUACAUUGUGCUGUUCCUCUUCUGUGUCGUCCUCUAUCAGAUCCGUUAUGACGUGUGGAGGCGAGUGCUAAAGUACUUCUGGGCGGUGGUGGUGGGCUACUCCAUGGUCGUCCUGAUGGCCAUCUACGUGUACCAGUUUAAGACAGUGUCUGGCCUGUUCAGACAGAUCAUGGGCAUGUCUGAGGAAGGUCUGCGUGAUCUGGGGUUGGAGCAGUACGACACUGUGGAGCUGUUUGCUCGGAUCCUCCUCCCAGCAGCCUUCCUAUUGGCCUGCAUCCUGCAGCUGCACUAUUUCAACCAGGACUUCCUGGAGCUCACCAACCUGGACAACAUACCUGUCCGCCAGGGACAAUCCAGAGAGGAAGAGCUGAGAAAAUCAGUCAAUGUGAUAGCUGACAUGAUGGCGAAGGAGCAGAGUAAGCAGAUGAGUGGGGACUCAGGACGUGUGGGGAGUCAGCACACGUUGGACAGUGAUGGACUGUCUGCCUCAUCAGAGAAGAAAUCUGAGAAGGACCGGGAGGGAACAGGCGCCCCAGAGGAGAGUCUGACCCAAUGGGGGUUGAUGGUGGACCGGGCCGGCCUGCUGCUGCUCCAGGCUCUGGCUCUCUUCCAGCGGGCUCAAGAGAUAAGUUGGAGGCUGCUGGAGCUACACAGCCUCAAGAUCGUCUCUACCGGCAUUAUCUGGGUGUCCUUGCAAGAGGUGUCUCUGAUGAACUUCCUGUUUCUGGUACUGUGGGCCUUUGCCCUGCCCUUCCCCCGGCUCCACCCCAUCGCCUCCAGUGUGUCCUCAGUCUGGGCCUGUGUCAUGGUGGUGUGUAAGAUGCUGUACCAGCUCAAGGUCAUCAAACCUCUGGAGUACUCCUCCAACUGUACCACUAGCCUGGUGUCAGUUAAUGGGACAGGGCUGGAGCUGGAGGGGAACAUGGCAGAGCUGCUGAGGAGGUCUGUGCUUUAUGUGAAGCCUGUUGACCCAGCCAUAUGGUGUGGAGAGCUGCGCAAGUGUGAAGACAGGAUCCUGCCCUGUCUCAGGAACCACCUGAUGGUGCUGGGGCUGCUGGUGUUUGAGGUGACGGUCCAUAGACAUCAGCUCUACUAUCGCCUCCACAAUGACCUCAAGGUCCCCACCUUCAGCAUCAUCUUCCAAGGCAUCACACGCCAGCACCUGGACCAAGGUAUCCUGCCCUGCAUCAAGUACUUCAUCAACUACUUCUUCUACAAGUUUGGCCUGGAGGUGUGCUUUGUGGUGGCGGUGAAUGUGAUUGGCCAACGGAUGGAUUUCUACGCGCUGCUGCACUCCUGUGCUCUGAUGGCUGUUCUGUCACGACGACGCAGGAAGGCCAUAGGGGAGAUGUGGCCUAAGUACUGCUGCUUCACUGCAGGACUCAUGGUGCUGCAGUACCUGCUCUGUAUCGGCAUCCCUCCCGCUCUCUGUGUCGAUUAUCCAUGGAGGACCUCCAGUCAGGCCCUGACCUCCAACCUCAUCAAGUGGCUUUAUCUGCCUGACUUCGCCAUGCGUCCUGCCCCUUACUUCAUUUUCUACGACCACCUCCUGCUCAUGUGCUCAUCGCUGCAGUGGAAGGUGUUUGAGGAGGAGAACCGUGCCGCGGUGCGCCUUAUGGGGGGGGAGAACGUGGAGAUCAGCCGCAGCUUGGACCCACGCUCCUUCAACCAGUACAUCCCCGUCAACAACUUCCUCCACUGCAGGUCCUACCUGGACAUGGUCAAGGUGUUUGUGUUCAGUUACUUCUUCUGGCUGGUGCUGUGCCUCAUCUUCAUCACAGGCACCACCCGCAUUAACAUCUUCUGCCUGGGCUACCUGCUAGCCUGCUUCUACUUCAUGCUGUUUGGGGGCAGCCUGCUCAUGCAGCCUGUACGAUACAUCCUCAGGCUCUGGGACUGGCUCAUCGGAUACACCUGUUUUGUCAUUGGCAUGAAGAACCUGCUAUCUCUUGGCUCAUGUGCUUAUUUGGACAGCCUGUUGAAGAAUGGUUGCUGGCUCAUUCAGGCCUUCAGCAUGGUCUGUACAAUCAAAGGCUAUGAUCUCCCUGCUCCUGAUGAUGAGUGUGAGCUGCCGGAGGGGGAGGCGGGCAUCGUGUGGGAUGCGAUCUGCUUCACCGUGCUCCUGGCUCAGAGGAGGGUUUUCCUCAGCUACUACUUCCUGUAUGUGGUGUCUGACCUCAAGGCCUCCAAGAUCCUGGCCUCCAGGGGUGCUGAGCUCUUUGAAGCCAAAGUGAAGAAACUGGUUGCUGCAAGACUGGAGAUGGAGAAGAAGUCUGUGGAGACGCUGAAGAAGCAGAUGGAGAAGAUCAAAUCCAAACAGAAGAGUAAGCCUGGCCAAGGCGACGUACCAGCGCCCCCUACUGAUACAGUGCGAAACGGUGAAAUUGAGAAGGCAGAGAAUGAUCAGGAGAAACGGUGGAAACCAUGGGUCUCACGGCCUGGUGUUGAGAACAACUGUGGCUACCAUCUAUUUGAGAGUGACAGUGAAGAGGAAGAGGAGGAAGUCCAGGAAAAGAAAGAGGAAGAGACACUAACAAAGAAGAAAUCUGCUUUUCAGUUAGCUUAUGAGGCAUGGGUCACAAGCUCCAAAGCAGCCCUAAAUUUGCACAAAAAAGAAGAGUCAAAUAUGAAAAAAGAGGAGAAGAGGAGGGCAAAGAGACAGCUGCAGAGACAGCAAGGCAUUGAGAGGGCCGAGUCUAGUGAGGAUGAGUUGGAAGAGGAAAAUGAAGUGGAGGAGAAAGAAAAUAUAUUUCAGAGGAUUAUCGACUCGCUCAAGUUUUUAUGGGUGUUUAUCCUGUCCCUUCUGGAUGACCUCACUGAGGGCCUGAACUCCUUCUGCAAAGAUGGUCUGGACAUCUCCAAAGUGCUACGUUUUGAAAGGGCUCUUCUCGGCCAGCAACAGAAGAAGGGGAAAGAGGUGUCACAGGAGAGUGUGAAGCGCUUCUAUGAGAACUGGAUGUCCAGACAGAACACCCUGGCCUCCCUGGAAGACCAGGAAGACAUAGUUCCCCCUGUCUCCUCCCCUCCACCUGUACCGUCAUCAGCGAGAGGUUACUCCAAGCUGAAACACACCCACUCCAAAAUCUCCUGGGGUAGCAGCUUGUCCAGCUGCAUGACGGAUGAGACCCUGCUGGGGUCUCGUCAGCCCACACUGGAUGAGCUGGAUGACCCUCCUAUACUCCAAGCCGCUGCCGAUCAACUCAGACGGAAACUACUGAAAACUACCAACCUGGACCUUGACUCAUUUGACACUGAAGACCCUCCACUAAGCCAUGAUGAUACUGUUCCCAAUAAGGAGGACAGUAAAGAAGGAGAGGAUGCAUAUGAAGAAGAGGAGGGGGAAUAUAAAGUGGAGGAGGAGUAUAGAAUGGAGAAGGAGGAAUGGAGGGAGGAAGAAGAGGAGGAGAGGGAAAAAGCUGUGAUGCUUUCAGGAUCCAUCUCCCUGGACUAUCUGGAGUGUGAUGAGAAUAGCGAAGAUUUCCCAGACUCCUCCAGGCCUCUUAGUGAGACCAGGAACCUCACGGCCAGCGAGCUACUGCUCAACAAUAUGUUUGGUAACGAUGAAAUUGAAGAGUCUGAUCAGUUCUUCCAGUCUCUCCCGAGACACCUGAGGCUAGUGUUUGCCCUGUACAACACCAUGGUGUCUAAGUCAGAGAUGCUGUGCUACUUUGUGAUCAUCCUGAACCACAUGGUGUCGGCCUCGCUGCUCAGUCUGAUCCUGCCCAUCCUUAUCUUCCUCUGGGCCAUGCUGUCUGUGCCACGCCCAACCAAGCGCUUCUGGAUGGCUGCCAUCAUCUACACAGAGCUGAUUGUGGUGGUCAAGUAUUUUUUCCAGUUUGGCUUUUUCCCCUGGACCACCUCGGCCUACCGAGGCAUCAAUGCGGACCGGCCCUUUGCUCUGCCCAACAUCAUUGGGGUGGAGAAGAAAGAUGGCUAUGUUCUCUUUGACUUAAUACAACUCCUGGCUCUGUUCUUCCAUCGCUCCAUUCUAAAGUGUCACGGUCUUUGGGAUAACAAAGAGGUUGAGAUGCCGGACUUCUUCAAGAAGUUAAAGAAGAAGACUGAGAAGAAGAAGAUGAGUGGAGGAGACAAAGCAGGGGAUCAGCCGAAGCUAAGACUGCCCUUCCUUCCUCUACAGGCCUCAACUGCAUCCUUGUUUCGCAGACGGGGAAAAGCCAACUCCACUGAGACAAACGAUGAUAUGCAGCUCAAAAAGCGCCACUCGAAGACGAGGCACCACAAUAAAGUUCCCCUGACUAGGAAGGAAAGGAUCAAGAAGCUGAUCAGAGAAAGGAUGCUCGAGGCUAAAGCUGCUAUCAUAGAAGUUGCCCUGCACAUAUACCUACCUAUCAGGCAGUUCUUCUAUGACAUCAUUCACCCAGAGUACAGCCCAGUGUGUGACGUCUACGCUCUCAUGUUUCUGAUUGACGUGGUCAACUUCAUUGUCAUCAUAUUUGGAUACUGGGCUUUUGGGAAACACAGUGCUGCUGCUGACAUCACAGAUGCUAUUGGGGAGGACCAGGUCCCAUCGGCCUUCCUGGUCAUGCUGCUUAUCCAGUUUGGGACCAUGAUAGUGGACCGCGCUCUCUAUCUCCGCAAAACCCUCGUGGGAAAAUGUAUCUUCCAAGUGGUGCUGGUGUUUGGUAUCCACUUCUGGAUGUUUUUCAUACUCCCUGGGGUGACUGAGAGGAGGUUCAACAUGAACCAGGUGGCACAGUUGUGGUACUUUGUGAAGUGCAUCUACUUUGGCCUCUCAGCCUACCAGAUCAAGUGUGGCUACCCAAAUCGUGUGCUGGGAAACUUCCUGACCAAGAACUAUAACUACCUCAACCUAUUCCUCUUUCAAGGGUUCCGCCUGGUUCCGUUCCUCAUAGAGCUGCGUGCCGUGAUGGACUGGGUCUGGACCGACACCACCCUCAGCCUGGGCAGCUGGAUCUGUGUCGAGGACAUUUAUGCCAACAUUUUCAUACUCAAGUGCUGGAGGGAGUCGGAGAAGAAAUACCCACACACCCCAGGGCAGAAGAAGAAAAUGGUGGUGAAGUAUGGAAUGGGCGGCUUCAUCAUAUUCUUCCUCAUCAGCGUAAUUUGGUUCCCCCUCCUCUUCAUGUCAUUGGUCAAGUCAGUGGCUGGGGUGACCAAUCAGCCUCUAGAUGUCUCCAUUCAGCUCAGCAUAGCAGGAUAUGAGCCACUGUUCACAAUGAGUGCCCAGGAGCAGAACCUGAUGCCAUACUCAGAGGCAGGCCUCAACCGGCUCACCAACCUCUAUGCCACUCACCCGUCAGCCAUGCAGUUCCUUGUAAACUACAUGGCCGAGGACAUUGUCAUUGCAAAGAUCAAGAGUGAUGCCAGUCUACUAUGGAGCAUCAGCCCUGCCAGCCGUGAUGCUAUGAUCCAUGAACUCAGCAACUCCACCCACAUCUACAUCACCCUGCGAUGGGUACUACUCAGGAAUGCGUCUCUGUCGAUGAACGUGGAGACCGUGGGGGAACACACUGUCAAGUAUGAGGACAGGGCCUUGAGGGACCAGAUAGUUCAGAUGCUCAAAGGGACACGCAGUGACUCUCUGGUCAUUGAGUCUCUCCUGCCCAAGUUCAUCAGAGGUCCCGGAGGACUGGAGUCCAAGAUGGCCACCCGUCUGGAAGUAGAACACUCAGAUAGGCCUGAGGACCUGCAGAUGUUGGCCUUCUACCGGCCCCUGUCCAUCAAACUACAGUGGGCAGAAGACAGUGGAAGUGCAGAGGGGGGUCAGUGGUGGAUGGUGGAGGAAUGCACUCCUGGACAGGGGCACAUCCAGAGCAGCUGUCACAGCAUUGAGAUAGUGGUGUUCAACGACAAAGUCAGCCCCUCCAGCCUGGGUGCUCUAGCAGGACAGGGAAUCGUGGGCCUGUACAUGUCUGUGGUGCUGGUCGUUGGAAAGUUUGUCAGGGAAUUCUUCAACGGGAUAUCCCGCUCCAUCAUGUUUGAGGAGCUGCCGUGUGUGGAUCGGGUGUUGAAGCUCUGCACGGACAUCUUUGUUGUGCGAGAGACUGGUGAGAUGGAGCUGGAGGAAACACUUUUUGAGAAGCUCAUUUUCCUGUAUCGCUCGCCGGAGACCAUGAUCAAGAUGACCAGAGAGAAGAGAGACUAGAGAGCACAAUGACAUUUUCAUUAUGAAAAGGACGAUUUGUUUGUUUGUAUUCCUACUGUACAAUGCAUGCAUUUUGAAUCACUGACUACUUUUAAAUUAUUCACAUUUUUACAAAGGAAGACCGUAGGCCAUAAUCAUAGAAAUGUGCUCCAAGUGUGAAAGUAUUUAAUUGAAGUUGAGAUGCAACACUCUGCAGUUUUAGAUACAAAUGGCUUGUAUAGAGCUUACAGAUGCACGUCUGCUCUACAGAAUGUAUUUAUCUCAACAUUCUGCAACUUUACACAUCCCACUGAACACGACCGUUUCAUUGCACUGAAAAGCUCAUCUAGAAGUACUCACUCUCAUUUCACACUGUACUCCAAGUCUAUGUACAGUAUUUAAUUAAAUGAAUAAAAUACAAUUCAGAGAUUAUAUCCUACUUAUACAUAAGACUCCUGAAGUGUUAACUUAUGAAGAUCCACUCACAGUCCAUGUUGCCAGGUAAAGUACAGUGCUUUGCAAAAGUAUUCAUCCUCCUUGGCAUUUUUCUUAUUUUAUUGCAUUACAAACUGUAA